GAUCCACAUCACAGCUGUUCCGAUCAACUCACCCACACUGACUCCUGUCAACGACAGCUUUAAGGUAAUCGCUGACUUCUUGAAGAUGAGUGAUGGAAUCUCUAUGGGAGCUCAGGGUCUGUUAAAGGAGGUGCAGACUGAAGUGUCCAAGAAGAAUCUACCCUCCCUAAUAAAGCGGCAGUUUAAAUCAUUAAGUGCUGAGAAUGGCCCCUCUAUAAGAAUAUUUCAAUGGAACAUCUUGGCGCAAGCCUUGAGUCAAGGUGAUGACAACUUCGUGCUGUGUCCCCCUGAAGCUCUAGAUUGGGACAAUCGGCAUUUACACAUCUUGGAAGAACUGCUCACCUACAAUGCAUCAGUGCUGUGUCUUCAGGAAGUGGACAAAUUCUCAUUUUUUGAGGAAAAACUGAAAUCUGAAGGAUAUAAGGGUGUAUUUUUUCCUAAGCCGUACUCACCUUGUCUAGACUGUGAAAUCUCAUACGGACCUGAUGGAUGUGCAGUUUUCUGGAAAACUGAUGAGCUCGAGCUCAUCAAGCAGGAGAACGUUGUUUUGCAGAAUUUCAUGGGAUAUGAAACAAAUCAGGUCUCCAUCAUCUGUAAGUUUCAAACGAAGAAUGACAGCAAGCAGUUCUAUGUUGCUGCGACCCAUCUUAAGGCAAAGAACGGAUUUUCAGAUGUUCGAUAUGAACAGGGACAUUUUCUUAACGGUAUCCUUGAGUCCAUGACUAGUGAUGAUCCGGUGAUUGUCUGCGGAGAUUUCAACGCUGAACAGACAGAGCAAGUCUAUGAAGUGUUCAAGAAGAGUAAAGUGGGGCUGGCCAGCUCCUAUGCUCAGCUGUCUGGUGAUGGGUCUGAGAUUCCCUUCACCACGUGGAAGGUCAGAGGAGGGAUUAACGUCAAGAGGGAGCUAAGUCGGACUAUUGACUAUGUGUGGUUUACACCGAGAAAGUUGUGUCUGAAAUCUGUGUUGAUGAUGCCAACCAUUCAUGAGAUUGGGGAGAACAGGCUACCAUCACACACUUACCCUUCAGAUCACCUGUCGCUGGUCUGUGACUUUGUACUGAAGUAAUUGAUAAUUCUUGUGUGGAACAUCUGUACGUUGACCUUCAUCCUCUCCGUGUCCAGGGCUAACAUUUCGGUAAACCUACACUGAUCCAUUGAACCAUUCCUGAGGUUCUAAUUACAAAUUACCUCCUUUGAAUUUCCAUUUUUCUGACCAGUCAAAUGUCUUCAAAUGAUAUAUGUUAUAUCGUUUGUAAUUUGGGUCAUAUUUAGCGAUUCUACAAAUAAACAUCUUGAAUCUUGAAUCAAAUGAUUACAGAAAGGUAAGGGAGGUAACUCUUAUUACCCAGAAACCAAAGGCAGUUUCAGUGGACAUGGAGACAUCCUUUCCCUCAUUGGACGGUAUUGGACGGCUUUCUUUUGCGUGACAGUUUUCAGUAUUAUAUUUCUUGCAAACUCAAUCAUAAUCAAUGGGACUGGAUGCCAUGUUGCUGAUAUUGCCGACC